GCCAGUGAGCAGCCAGUGAGGCUGUCAAGAUGGCCGUCACGUACAUCUGAUCGGAGGUGUGUGCGAAAUUGGACGCCGAUUCGUGAUAAAACGGAGCAAUGCACUUCGUGUCGCAGGAACGGUGAUUGCGCGGAAACAGCCGGCUCGUAUCGAUGCGGACCAUCCUGGACGUCGUCGAUGGUUGUUCCUGUCCCCGCGGCCGCCGGCGGCUCGCAGUGAACCAUGUUCAGCAAGAAGCCCCAUGUAGACGUCAAGAAGUCAACGCUGAAAAUCCAGGAUGUCAAGAAGGACAGCGCAACGCGAUUCAAGCAUCUAAAGAUUGUGUUAGAAAAUGUGGACACUGAUGAGGCAAAAGGAUUUUUUGAGGGCAACUUUAGCCAUGUGUAUUUCAUCCUGUAUGAUUGUUUUGUAUCUGCCGAAGCGAAUCUUCGACAACGCGAGCUUUCCUUCCACAUUGUGCAUAAAGCACACAGGGAAGAGUUAGAACAAGUAUUGCAGCUCUUGGAGAAAGUUCUGACUCUUCUUCCUGAGCUGCUUAACAGACGAUGGCAAUGCCAUAGUCUAGCACGGAUUCUGCAGAAGCUUUUACAUCCUGGCAAUAGUUGGAAACUUCGCAGACAAGCCAUAAGAUACUUUAUUCUAUGGUAUCAAGCCCUUGGCGAAAAUGCUCCCGAGCAUAUACAUCAGAUGUUCGCCAGCUUGGUGCCGGGAUUUCCACCACAUCAAGCAUCACCUUACAAAUCUGAUCGCAAGACGGACGGCAAAAAAGAAAAGCUCGUAAAAGCGACUAACCACGAAGAGAAAGAUAAGAAGGAAUUUUAUGAUACACAACUUGUGCUAAGCACUUUUCAUGACGGAUCGAAUCAAUGUCCUAUCAGUCAAGUUGACGGCGGGCCUAUCUUACCACCCCAAAGUGGAGAAAAGCCACUCGACAAUGAAACUGUUAGGUUUUUGGAAGCAUUGCUUGAAUUUAUGGUUACUCAGGUGGUAAAGAUAGAAUGGCGGGAUAAAUCCACACGGCAGCACAAAACUUUCCAAUUCUUAUUAGAACGCUUUAAGGCCACAUACCUUCGUCACAUUUGUCCAGAAUUUGAUGACAACUUUUCACUUUACAAACCUAAUCUGGAAUUACCCACAAUGCGAAAACCAAUGAAUCAAAAUCAGGACAACUACGUGCUUUGCAAGGUCGUUCUAAUCAAAUGGGUCGCAAGCUUCACGCACGUCGCUAGAAAAGACGGACUUUUCGCCCAUCUCUCACAAAGCACAACGCCGAAUGAGGAAAACGCUGAGUCGGAAUUACGUCGUGUGUCGGUUACUCAAAACUCUACAGAUUCGAAUCUACUGUCACCUGAAGCAGCCAUGUCCCAGCAGGACAAUCAGAAUCAAGAAGAUAGCACUAUCUCGGCGGUCACGUUAGUCAGAGAAGUUUUAUACGGAAAUAGGGAUAACGUAAAUUUCGUACACGAACUCUACAGACAGGCGUUUCUUCUGGACUUUAAUCAUGCGGCUGCUAUACGAAAAGCUAUCGCCGUUUACAAGGACUGGAUUCAGAUGAACGAAAUUCCUCCGUUUAUGUUGGAACCAUUGGAUGGUCAUAAAGAUCGAGACUUAGACGACAGUCAAAGGAAGGAUGCGAAUGAAAUAGAGAAGAGUCCAUCCGAAAGUUAUCGGCAGACAAGAUUGAGAAACGAUUCUUAUCUUGGAGCUAUACACCGGGAGAAUUUAUUCAUCAGGGCGGGCUUGCAGAAUGUCUUGCAAGUUUUCAUCAUGCAAGCAUCAAAUGUAUUCUUUUUAGAGAAUUUAGGACCUAGUGCGUCUGCGACGUUACUGGAAGAACAAACUGACAGUUGUAAGAGAGUCUUGAACGUGUAUCGAUAUGUUGUUAUGCACUCUAGACUGGAACCAGCAACCUGGGAACAGUUACUGAGGGUGUUAUUACAAAUUACAUCUCUUGUUCUGAACGAGAAAUCUUCUCGCCGCAAACAUCAAGAAAGUAUUGGCGGAAAGCUCGCGCCUGCUAUAUUCCAGACACUAAUUGUUACAUGGAUUAAGGCUAACUUAAACGUGAUCAUUUCUACCCAACUGUGGGACCAGUUUCUAGAGGUGUUGACGUCGUUAACGCAAUGGGAGGAGUUAAUUCGAGAGUGGGCGAAAACUCUGGAUACGCUGACGAGAGUACUGGCGAGACACGUGUAUAAUUUGGACUUGAAUGAUCUACCUUUGGACAGACUCAGCGAGCAGAAAUCAAAGAAACGUCGUGGGGUCGGAAGUCGCGCGGCAUCAACUGGGAGUGUUCAACCACCUCGGGCAGGUAGCAUUGAUCAGGAGAACAACGUCGCGCCAAAAGAGAACGUCACAGACCACCCGCUACGUGAUUUGAGGAAAGUGCGACCGCUUCCUCGCAGUGCGAGUGACAACACCAUAUACAACGGCAAGACUCGUACAAAGUUGCAAAGAAAUCGUACACAUACGAUACACAGCGGUAUUCCUGUACUCCCCCUAUCGAUAGAACAAAAUAUGGCGCGAUUACUGUCAAGCGGCUCGACUUCGUCGUCGGCGGCUGGCCGGAAGAUGUUACCCAGCAGACGUGCCAAAUCUUUGGAUAGCAUUGUUGUAGUUGAUAGCGAACCACCGUCGCCACGAUGUCCAUCACCGACACCCAGCAGUGGCGUUGACAGCAACAAAGAUAGCCCCAUACAAAUAGAGAAUAUUGACGGUAGCAGUAUCGAUACAAACGAUGCAUCAGAAAGAAGAUCAGUUAUGGCAGGUGGAGGGGUUCGUGGAUGGUUGCCAGAUGUGGCUGUUGUUUUAUGGCGACGUAUGCUUUCGGCAUUAGGAGACGUGAAUAACAUUCAAGAUCCUACUUUGCACGGUCAAGUUAUGGAUUAUCUCGUGCAACUUACACAAACAUUAAUUAAGAUACGUUUAAAUCAAGGAGUAUCCGGGGAUAAUCAAGCAACACCUCCAGCACCAGAACUAAUUCCACCUUUAACGGUGAUCGCACCUUGGUGCUUUAAGGCGAUCCAACUUCCCGAGCAGUACGAGAUCGGUAAACUAGCAGCUUAUCGUCUUAUAUGUCUUUUAACGGUACAACCGUUGGACAUCAAUUUACCGAAGCAGCAUUUGACACUCUUCUAUCGCGCCGUUCAUAACGGUAUCGCUAGUAAGGAUAGUAAUGUUCUACAUGUGCUUGUGAAGUACACAGGACCCAGGUUAUUCAGUCUGAAUCUACCUGGAUCGAGUCUUCUGAUUUUGGACUACAUACACGCUGCUAAUGUGGUACUCGGCAGUCAAGAUAUCGAGGCACCAAGAACAGAAGCUGUUUCUAUCAUCGGCUCGUUGUUAUCCUUACCCGCUGCAAUGUUUAAGCUACCUAUGCUACAGCCGAAAGGACCUGACAUUAUAACAAUGACGUGCCCAGAAGCAAAGGAACAUAUUGUAACAAUACUUUUGCGGAGCUGCCGCCGGGAACCAACCGGAAUCGCGAGAUGCGUAGCACUAUCCAGCAUCGCAAUGUUCGUGUAUAAAGAAUUGUCCUAUAAAACACAACAUCCGAAAAUCCCAGAAGCUGUCACAGUUCUUCUCUUUGCGCUUAGACGGAUGCAAGGAGCAGAGCGCCGCAGAGCUGGUUUCCAUUUUCCUCUAAUGGAUCAGGCUUCGCACGCCACAGUAGCGCAGGUUGCGUGUGACUCUCUUUUGCUUCUUUGCGAUAAGGCUGAUGUACUGCUAGAAUUAUAUCCCAACGUGCCAUCUAAAAUAAUACAGAUCUUGUCAGAUACACUCGGACGAAUGACAUCACGAGAAAGGCGCGGGCCCUUGACAGUAUCGAUGCUAUUCUGCUUGGGUGAAUGGGCCAUGCACUUAGGACCGACAGUAUUACUGCGAGUGUUCCAGGGGAAACCUCUUUUGAUGACAUUAUUUACAGUGUUGAACAAUAUAGUGCAAAAUAAAAUUGAAAAAGAAUCUUCCAAAUCGGCUAAGAAUAAUCAGGAAGACGGUAGCGACUUUGAAUUUGACAUUACGUUUGAUAAUUUGGCUGACGAGCCUUCCUCGAAAUCGCCUCAUAAAGGAAAUAUUCAGUCUGUCCAAUUAGCAGCGAAAAUGGUAAUGAUGCAUUUAAUCAAUCACUUGGGACAUUUUCCGAUGGGUAUCGGAGCUGCGCGUCUUUCAUCGUUAGUUGUCGAGCUAGACGACGUCCCUGGUAUCGACGGGGACGAGCUGUCCUCCGCCGUUUUUCAAGCACCUAAUAUACAGCUGUUGAUGCUCUCUAAUUCGAUUAUAAUGUCAUUGGUGGAGUUAGCCGCACUGGACGCACCUGGCGGUGGUGUCACCGCUGGUUUAACAACAGCUCCUUCUUUGGUUAGAGUUCUGUUAAGAGAUCUUGCUGGGAAAGCUUCUUGGGACAGUUCAAUAUUAUACAGCCAACCCUUCGUCGACGAUGACCUGCCGCUGCCAUUUGCAAAGCCUAUUGACUGGAGCGCAAAAUUACUUACGGAUGAUUUGAACAGUGUCAUCACACCUCACAACUGUACACCAAGGCAUACGAUACGGCAUCGCGAGCCCCACAUAUUGCCAACUUUUGCAAACGCUGCAAGUGAUAUGGACAAUUUGGACGAUCUUCUUCAGUACAUAGGACAUACCAGCCCAGAAGUUCUAACUAAUCCGGAAGUUGCUCUUAAUGCACCCGCUAAUCCACCUCAAGGACAUUAUUUGGAAAGCGAAACCAUUGCAACGAUCUUGAGCCAAAGAAACGCGGAGCAAGAACACAUCAACAAUUGGAAUCAACACAUCAGUAUGUGCGCAUCAGCAAUCAGCCCGCCGUCGUGUCGUCCACCCCCGGCGCCAUUUCAUCACUGCCGCCUUUUGUUUUCGCAUCUUGGUUUAUCCGGUUGGGAACAACGUAGAAAAUUGCAUUUGUUGGCGAAGAACGAGAAGCUCUUACGCGAACUCCGUAACCUCGACAGCCAACGGUCAAGGGAAACUCACAAGAUAGCAGUGAUUUACGUCAGCCAAGGCCAGGAAGACAAGAACUCCAUACUAAGCAACGUCACUGCCAGUAAGGAGUACGAGAGCUUCAUCGCGAGACUCGCUUGGGAAGUAGAACUGGAAUCGCACACAGGUUUCCUCGGCGGCCUGGUACCCGGAAAAGCAUCCGGCGUUACAGCACCCUAUUACGCCACAUCUUUCACUGAAAUCCUUUUCCACGUUGCCACGAGGAUGCCAUCAGACAGUCCCGAAAGUUUAUUGCAGAAGACGCGUCACCUGGGUAACGACGAAAUUCACAUCGUCUGGUCCGAGCACUGGCGAGACUAUCGCAGGGACAUCAUACCCACGGAAUUCUGCGACGUCCUGAUAGUCAUUUAUCCACUGCAAAACAAAUUAUACAGAAUACAGAUCUCACGCAAGUCAGAUAUUCCAUUCUUUGGACCUCUGUUCGACGAAUGCAUCGUGGAGGAUAAAGUGUUGCCAGGUCUAGUGAGAACAACCGCAUUAGCCGCGAGUAGAGCAAAGAGGUCUACGCUUACGUUGUACCAACAUUACUAUGAGGAGCGGGCCCGAUCCAUCGACACUGUUAUGAGAAAUCACAAGGAAGCUACGACAUUCGAGGAGUUUACAGCCAACGUAUAUUCACCAGUGCAACCACCGAGCCCGUUCAGCGGAACUUCGUCUGUCUCUGGAUCUACAACAAGCGUGCAAUCCACAGCAUCAUCAAACCUCGCGGCAGCGCUUAUAGAUUCGCACCAAGGACGUUCCGGUCUACGCAGCGCUUCGACAGCGAGCAGUGACAACCGUGCGAAUAGAGUCUUGCAAAAUAUAUUCAGAGUUUCUGACGGAAGCAGGGUGUGGUUUAGCAAUGACACCCCCGAGAGUACCACUCUUCAUGGCAUUUCACCGAGACCGGUAAAAAAAAUGUCCUUUAAAACUGGACCGAAACAGAGAGCUAACACGCAACCCACUCCUCCGGAUAGUCCGAGAUACAAAUGAAAAGUUUCCUAUUUAUACCGGGAAAACGCUCCGCACAACUGCUUGUGAAUGGACUCGCCGUGCGUUAUGCUUUAAAGGAAUUAUUCGGGUAAAAGUUACAGACAAACGGCUAAUGACAACUAGAAAACUACUGUCGGAAGCCUUGCGCGUCGCGCGAAUUAAAGAUAACAGAGUGGUGCAGUUGAUGAUACUUUCGCUAACCGAUAGAUUUCAUUCACAUACACAGCGGAGAUUGAAUAUCUGAUCAUAGUCUUAGCGUUUUCUGUUUUCCGUCCUUAGAUUUAAUUUUUAUAUUAAAUGUACAGAUCGUUGUUUAUUUGUUGCAACGUGAAUAUUAAUUUAUUGUAAGGUGAAUAUAUGAUAAAUUUAUGAAAUCAUAGAUACAAUCAAGUACAUAUUUCUCAAACUAAUCGAUGUCGAGAGACAGCUAUUUACACUGUACAGCACUUUCUUAACAUUAUUUUACCAUAGUAUUUAUAGUAUAUCAAUAGCUAAAGUAAUUAUAUUCUGGACUAAAAAAAAUUUCUAUCUUAAAUCAUAUUGAAAGUAGCAUAUAGAAAUACUAACAUUGUCAGAAUGCUCUGCAGUACUGCUGUAUGGCCUUGUAACUGUCUUAUUUGUCACAGUAUAUAGAAUAACUAUUUUAUUAUUAAUUGGCAGAAGAUAAGUGCGGGAGAAUUUACUAUUAAAUGUUAUAAAGCUUGUUAGCUUGUGUACGUUAAAGUCAUGUUUCAGAUGUGAAGACUCAGACUAAGGUGAAUUCAAUAAUUGCGUUAGCCUGAUUUGAAAGGAGAAAAUAGUGAUUAUCGCAAUUGAAGUGAUUUAUGAACACUCUUUCAGGAAACAAAAAUACUUAAGUUACACAUUCCACACGCGCGUACAUCAUCUUGUUCUUAAUUUACAUUUCAUUUAUACUAUUAAUGAACUAUAUAUAUAAAUAUAUAUAUCGAACCAUUCCAUAUUCGGAACAUUAUAUUCAUAAUUUUCGAUAGACGCGUCUAUUUUUUUUUAUGUUUUACAAUAUGUAUCAAUAGAAUCUUUUUCAUUUUAUUUAAAAUAAUGUGAAGAGAUUGCAAGACGGAAUCGCCGAAUUAUUUUGUUUCUAUACCAAAGUCGAAGGUGCUUAAUAUUUUAUAAUAUAAGCGAAUUAAACAUUUCGAAUAUGAGGUAAAGCCACGAAUAAUUGUCAAAGAUUGAGUAAAUAAUACGUGACAGAAGAAAAAGAGCAAAUUUGAAAGUAAAUUGAUUCCACACACGUUGAGUAAGUAAUGGCUAUUUGCUUUAUACAAAUCAUCCUAAUGCAGUGAUAAUAAUCAAAGUAUUAAUGUUAUAUAUAUAUAAUAUAUUAAUGAACGGCGGACUAUAAUACAGGAUUAACAUCGUGGUAACGAUCGAUGCGGUAUUCGAGAUGAGAUUUUUCUAGAGGUAUACACUUCGCGAUGAUAAACUCUGUGUAUAAUUAGAGUUUUUUGACCAUUUUGAAGACUACCAUGGAACACAUUCAAAAGUGUAGGUAUUAGCAACGAAGAUGUAGUUAAUAAUAAUUACCGAUGCGCAGAUCAUGGCCAAAGCAGCAUUAUUUUUUCACUAAUUUAUAAUGAGGUAGAACAGAGGAAAGCAGUGUAUGUAUUGUAUAUAAAUUGUUAAGCAUACAAAGCGGUCCUGAAAAGUCAUUUAAGAUUAUUCCGAAUAUAUGUCAUGUUAUAUCGCCACAUCAUUAAUAUUAUAUAUUAAUUGAAAUCAAACAUACCAAGCAUACAUGUAUACAUACACAUACACACAUAUACACAUACAUUCAUGCCACUUACCAUAUACAUAUAUGCACGCAUGCGCGCACAUAUAACCACAUAGUAUAUAAAGUUCAUUUAUUAUUAUAAUAUGCAAGAAUGCUUUUACUAAUUGUAUUUAAAUGUUGUACUUAACCGAAUACUUUUAUUAGUAUUGCUAUAUAUAUACUGCUAUAAUACUAUUAUUUAACUUUCUGAAAAAUUAUUCUUAAUAUUAGAACAUUGUCGAAAUAUCUUUUUAUAUUGUGUUUAGUUUUGGUAGAGCCAGAGAUUAGAGCUGAUGCAUAAGAGUAGUAAGGGACAGAGAAAAUGUAAAGUUUUUGUUCUUGUUCUUGCUGAAUAGUAAACUGGAUUAAUCCUUUUCUGUUUGUUUUUCCAAAAAGGGGAGAGUAUUCAAGAAUAAGAGAAGCCUAAAAGAUUGGAAUACUCAAACCUCUGAAUUUUAUUGAACUGUUUUUUGUACAAAAAUAAAGUUGUUCUAUAUCUAUCUGUAUGUAAAGGUUACAUAUAUUGAUAUUUAUGCAAAAUAACAUGUAAUAAUCUUAUGGCAUUUCUCCAUUUACAAAGAAUUAUUUCUGAGAGAAAUUAAAACUAAGGCGUGUAUUUAAAAUGUCAUCUUGCUAUGCAGCGAUUUCUGUAAUACUAUUGAUAUAAAACAGAGAGAAGAACCGAGAUAUACUAAUAUAUAUUUAUUAUUUUCUACAGAAAGCUGCAAAGAGUAUUAAAUUUAUAUCUAUCCUAUUAUCUUUCUAUAUAUAUAUAUACAUAUAUAUGUGUAAUAAUCAUGUACUGUAUAAUAACUUCGUUAAUACGCUCGUUUUUGAAGAACAAUUAUAUAUUUUAUUCAAUAAUUGUAUAAUUCAACACACGAGAAAGGUGCAAAAUCCGAGGAAUUUUAGUUUUGUGGCGUCAGUCAUGUAUGGAGAUAAUGUUAUACAAUUUUUGACAUGGAAUAUCAACGAUUUGUUCUUGCACAAAUUCUAUCACAAUUAACUUUUCGAACUUUAACGACUUUAUGCGGUACAGUAAUCACAGUCGCGUCGCUUCGAUAUCUGUACAGCGUUCUCAAAGGUGUUCAAGAAAUAUUCUUCCGCCACAGAAAUUUGUUGUCCAAAGAUAUCUCUGCUAUUAUAUUAAUUGUACACAUCUCUGUAAUGGACUGUACAUUUUACUGCACAAUAAAAUUGUGAUGAAUUA